AUGAUCACUGCUAGUAUGCCUCGAACACUUGGGUACAUGGCACCAGAGUAUGGAUCCUUUGGGAAGGCAUCCCGCAAGAGCGAUGUGUUCAGCUUUGGAAUCAUGCUUCUUGAAGUAUUCACCGGAAAGAGACCCACCGAUCCCAUGUUCAUAGGAGAUCUAAGUAUCAGGCAGUGGGUUUAUCAAGCAUUCCCAUCACAGAUUGACCAUGUUCUGGACGAUAAGCUCCUGCAAGGUCCUUCCUCUGCUGACUGCAUUCUGAAGCCCUUCCUGCCACGAAUAUUUGAGUUGGGUUUGCUCUGCUCAAGUGAUGCACCUCACCAAAGAUUAUCGAUGAGCGAUGUUGUAGUGGCACUCAAGAAAGUAAAGAAGGAUUACACCAAAUCGACGUCAGCGACAAGGCCUGAAGCUGCCCAGUGA